CUCAUUCACAUAACAAUGACUGUCAGUAGCUUCCGUGUGAAAUUACCCGCUGAGGUCUCUCAGCCGUCCUCUGUUGUGACGGUCGGGCCCUCUCCUAAAACAUUGGCGCCUUGGAACAAGAAGAUACAUCGCCGAUGGAUCUUUCUUACCUACACGGAGUGUCCGUUGGAGCAUGAAGUUGAUUUUGUGGAAGGGCUUCGAGCAACGUUAAAGCGAAAUUCUCUCGCUUCCGAUAGGUUCUAUGGAUGUUGUCAGGAGUAUACGCAGAAGGGAAUUGUCUACCAUGUCCUUCUACACCUUGGCAAGCAGGUGAACUGGAAAGCUAGCUAUGCUCGUCGGGUUCUUCUGGUUUCAAAUAGCCCACACGAAUCUAUCACCAUACUCACUCCUCGCCCUGGACAGAAUGUCGGGAACUUUAUUGAAAGCCACGUUAAGUAUUGCGAGAAGGUCGCAAAUGAUAAUUGUUUUGGCAAACGUCCUAGUAUUUCUGCGGCACAGGAAGCUAGGCGCAGGCGGAAAUGGGUGGAAUGUGGACAGCAGCCGACGAAAGCUGCCAAGCGUGCGAAGAUCAUGGAGUAAUUCCCCCGCGUUUAUAAUAGAUGUUCGGACAGCUUAGAGUCUGCUCUUGAUUACGAGCAUCCUGGGGAAGAGUGAGUUGGAUGCCCCAUUCGUGUUGCCGAGUCACAUUGUGCCGUCCAAGUUUCGAACAUCGAGAGAGAUCACGCGUUAGAGGUUUGACAACUUGACUACUCCGCAAUCGGUCCAUCGUCAGUGUUUGCCUAUUGUUAGCAUUAUACAGACUGGAAAAUCUUGUAUGAGGAUAGAGAGGCUCGGGGGUCCCACGCAGAGUCAAGCCCGAUGUUUUGCUGGCGAUCAAUCUGUGUUUUCUGUUUGCUUUUAUUGGCAGAGCUCCUUUCACUGAAGGGGCUGUUUGAUUGUGUGUUGAUUGAGUAUUUAUUUUGAUUUCACCGAAGCUAGUUCGGCCACUUUUUUGUGUUUACCACAGAAUGGUCAUGAUAACCUGCUAAAAGUGGGGGUCGAAUAGAAAAUGCA